GUCAAAGUUAUGUCAUUAUAAGUUUUCCCUCCCUCUCCCCUUUCGUGCAAGAGUAUUUUCUAGGUAUGCAAAGGUUUUCUUGGUUUUUUGUAUAUUACAACUUUUCUAUGCUGUUGACGACUUUUGCUAGAGUUUUUUUUUAGUUUUUAAACUUUUUUAAAGACAAAUUAAACGCCCAGAGUGAAGAAGAAUAUCGACGCAUUUAAAGAUCGAUUCAUCGCAGGUGACUGUGACCAGGCUGGGCAGACUUUGCUAUGACUCCCCAGGCUCCACCUUCCCUGCCAAAACUGUGGUGGACCGCCAACCAUCCCUCAGGGUAGCUGGGAAAGAUGGACUCCAUACUGGAAGUUACUACACGGAUUUUCCAGGGCCACCUGGGUGACCAAAAAGACAAUAUAAUAAUUAAGUUGUCAAUCUCAGAAGACCCUCUUAUAUCUUAAAACCCUUUGUCGUUCCUGGGGGCUCGGACUACAAAAUGAUGCACAUUAAGCUAACUCUUUUGGCAACAGCCCACAGACUUUAGUGGAUUGGGGGUUUCUCCAGCCGGUGUAAUAUCUACAAAAUCACCCACAAACUGAUUCAAGAUAUCUGUCUGUAUGAAGAUCUGGCAGAAUUUGCAAGUGCAGCCAAAUAUUUACCAACGUUUGGCUGGUGUUGAUUUUAAUCUCUCAACAAUACUGCGUUUAUCAUUGUUUUUAAAUCUCCCCAAUUCAUAGACAGAAAAGGCAUAAGUCACAAUGCCCAGGCCGAGGGCAGGGCGUAGUCCACCUCAACAGGACAUUUAUGAUUUCUCUAUGGAUGCAGUGGAGGCUCAGUCUCUUCCCAUGCAUAGGAAAUCUUUAGAGAAGACGUCUCCUCUGAGCAAGUAUAUUGAGACUGAACACCAGCAAGCAGGACUCUUCUCUCUGUCUCCCUGUGAUGCCUCCAUGGACACCAGUGUUGACCUCCAGAAGAAAAGGAGGAAGAAAUGUGGUGCCUGCACCCCCUGCCUCCGCAAGGAGAACUGUGGUACCUGUGCAAACUGUCUGAACCGCAAGACGGGCAAACAGAUCUGCAAGCUGCGCAAAUGUGACGAGCUGAAGAGAAGACAGAGCAACUGGGAGGUGAGCGAGGUGGAAUAUUUUGAAGACAACAGUCGAGGCUGCUUGGGGAACUCUGAACUGGCAGCUGAGACUGUUUGCAAAGUCACUUCAGUGGAUGGCCCCAGAAGUGGAGGCCAGAUGGAAAUUGGGUCACAUGACCGCCUCCAGGAAGGCGCGCUGAGCCUGGAACUGGCCAAUGGGGUGAGUCGCUACCCUAAUGAUGAUGAGGCAUCUAUGGAAACAGAGCAGCAGAGAGCAGGAAGCGUGCCUCCAAGGCAGUGCUGGGUGCCAGGACAUGGCAAGGUCAGUGACACCCAACAACACCAACCAUGUUGGAACCCCAGCAGUAGUACAACCCCUGGUGAACCUGUCCACCAUGCAGACAUGGAAGAUGCCCACAAUCUGGUGGCUUUUUCUGCUAUUGCUGGCUCCUUGCCUCCUUCUUCCUCCUCUUCCUGCCUCGUUGUGCAGUCUAACACAGCCCAGCUGUAUGAGAACUUCACCCGGGAUAUGGGUGCUAAGGGGGCUCAGGCCAGACUCUCUGCGGGGGCUCCUGAGGGAAGCUGCCAACCUCCAGAAGACCUGAACGCCCUACAGACAGCACUGAGCCAAGCCAAACAUGGACAUAAACCCCCUAACUGCAACUGUGAUGGGCCUGACUGUCCAGACUACCUUGAGUGGCUGGAGAAGAAGAUUAAGUUGGCAACCAGUGAGGAUCAAGGUACCUGCAAAAUGGCUGAUGCUCCCCCACAUUCACAGCCUCACCUACAACAACCCCAUUUGCAGCAUCACCCUCAGUCCUAUCCCCAGGUGAAUGGUGGCCACCGCCUGUCUACUUCAUACCCCCAGCAGCAACAAGGAACUCGAGGUCCUCGCCCAGACCAAGUGCCCUGCCUGAAACCCCCAAUUCCCUGUUCUCCCCAGGUGCUCUCCAUAGCCAAGGAAAAGAACAUCAGUCUUCAGACAGCCAUUGCCAUAGAAGCCCUGACCCAAUUAUCUGGUACUGGUCCGCAAGCUGCUGGCUCUCCAGGUCAACCCCCCUAUAAUAGUAACCUCCAUCACCACCAACAUACCCAGAACCUCCCAUCUCAGCCCCCAAAUGGCACUAGCUUGAUCCCGUCCUCUCCUGGCACCUACUCAUCCUCCUCACGCUCUCAAUCCGUCCCUCCAGGACUACACACCAGCCAGCAGGCUCCAGUGCCCUGUGAGCACCACAGGCCCCAGUCACAGGGCCAGCCUCCCCAUGCUGCCCCUCUCCCAUCCUCUACCUCUCCCUUUCCAGGUCAGGGAAAACCUCCAAGCUUCAGCCCUAAUCCCCAGCAGUGGCAGCAAGGCUCAGGCAGAGGCUCUGAACAGAGGAACCCAUGGAUGUGUAUGAAGUCUGAGCCCCAGUCUCACUAUGCUGCUGCACCUCACAGUAGUUCAGACCCCAUGUCAGAGCUCAAGCAGCUGCUUGGUGACACCAGUGGCAAGUUCAGCAAUGCUCCUUUCAAGCUUCCAGUCAGACAGCAGCUCAGCUUGAACCAGAAUGGAGGUAUCCAGGUCCAGGACAACCCAGCAUUGGCCAGGAUAAAGCGAGAGUCAGACUCUGGUGAGCACUACCAUCACACUGCCUCCAUGGGACAUUACGGCAUGGCUAAUGGUCAGCAGCAGGGUCAACACUACCCUGGCACUCCCCUUUCCCCUGGCCAAGCAUCCAUCAGCCACUCCACUCAGGCAGCUCUGCAACAGCACCUUCACUACAAGAGGAACCUCUUCUCUAACCACUCCUCUGGCUUUGGAGCACCAGGCCCAGGUGCACAUACGGCUUGCCAAAACUUGAAAAAAUGGUGGCCACAGAUGGAGGUAGAAGGUUUGUCACAUCUAGUCAAACAGGAGCCCAAGGAACCCAAGAAGAAAAAAAGCCAAGGAUCUCCUAACAUAAAACCCAUGAGUGAAAUGCUUACAGGCCCUCCCCUGCCCAAACCCAAACAGAUAAUCAUCAAGAAGACCAAGCAGAAAGCCUCCAUGCCAACCUUCCUGCCUCAAACUCAGAUCACCAUACAAAAACCAUCAGUCCUCAUGAUGGACAGAGCCCCGGCCCUGACCAGUCUGCAAAUAAGUUCUCUUCCCCCUCCGCCCCACCACAGUAACUCCACUCAGGCUGCUGCUGCAGGCCUCCCUGCCCCAGCCCAAUCUCAGGUAUCCAUUUCCAAUUCCUCAAUGACUCCCUCUUCCACUGUUUCUGCUUUGUCAGAAAACACUCCAGCCCUCAUGGGCCCUCUGCCCCCACCUGUGGCCACUGUAGCCCAUGCUAAGCCAGAGGGAGUGGGCAGCAUGGCCUCCAGUAACACCAGCACCACCGCACCUCUGACCUCCACAUCUCCAUCCAGCACCUCACAAUUACCGAGUCUUGUCAACAUAGACCCGAAGUACGAAGAACUGAUCCGCCAGUUUGAGGCUGAAUUUGGGGACUCAGUUGCAGAUGUACCUGUCAGUCAGCCCACGGAAGAGACUGCUACGGCUCCUCAGUUGAAGAAUCAGUCCCAGACCAGUCCUCAGGACCUCAGUCCCACAUCAACACCCACCUCCCAGUCUGCUCCCUUAAUUCUCACCACUCAAGCCAGCUCCACAACUCAUUCAGAUGAUCAGGAGAUGGAAAUUAACAAAGAUGAGUCAGGGACUCAAAUUGAAACAACCUCGUACCAGGCAUCCACAGAAAUCCCAAAGGAGGAGCAGCAUAAAGGCCCUCCCAAUGUCUCUCUCCUUCAGGAGGCCAUCCUGGACAAGCAGCAACAACCCCGUGUGUUAGAGGAUACGUUCAGCAUGCCAUGUUCCCCGCUGCCUAAACGCAUGAAGAUCGAAGCCACGGGUGAUGUAGCUAUACUUUCCACCACAUGCUAUUCUGAGGAGGACACACCCACUAAGGACAGUUUGCCCUCCUCUCCAUCUCUCAGAGGCUUCCUAGAGUCUCCUCUGCGCUACCUGGACAGCCCUACCAAGAGCUUGCUGGAUACUCCUUCCAAGGAUCUACAGGCAGAAUUCCCCACAUGCACCUGCGUGGAACAAAUCCUGGAGAAAGAUGAAGGGCCUUACUACAAUCACUUGGGAUCUGGACCCACUGUAGCCUCCAUAAGAAACCUGAUGGAGACAAGGUAUGGAGAGAAGGGGGAUGCAAUCCGGAUUGAGAAGGUGGUGUACACGGGCAAAGAAGGAAAGAGCUCACGAGGAUGCCCUAUUGCUAAGUGGGUGAUUCGUCGUGGCAGUGAGACAGAGAAGCUGCUGUGUCUGGUGCGUCAGCGUGCAGGCCACCACUGUGCCAACGCUGUCAUCAUCAUCCUCAUUAUGGCCUGGGAAGGUGUCCCGAGGUCCCUGGCUGACAGGCUGUACCAUGAGCUUAGUGACACCCUCACCAAAUAUGGCAACCCCACCAGUCGACGCUGUGGCCUCAAUGAUGAUCGUACCUGUGCGUGUCAAGGCAAGGACCCUGACAGUUGUGGUGCUUCUUUUUCCUUUGGCUGCUCCUGGAGUAUGUACUUUAAUGGCUGUAAGUACGCCCGAAGCAAAACGCCGCGCAAGUUCAGGCUACAAGGAGAUCGCCCUGAAGAGGAGGACAAACUCAGGGAUCACUUCCAGCAUCUGGCAACUGAGGUGGCUCCUUUGUAUAAGCAGCUGGCCCCACAGGCCUACAGUAACCAGUGCCAGUCAGAGUCCAAAGCUCCAGAAUGCAGACUGGGUUUGAAGGAGGGCCGGCCGUUCUCUGGAGUCACUGCUUGCAUGGACUUCUGCGCCCACGCUCAUAAGGACCAGCACAACCUCUACAAUGGUUGCACAGUGGUGUGUACUUUAACUAAGGAGGACAACCGUGUUGUGGGGGAGAUCCCUGACGAUGAACAGCUCCAUGUGUUGCCUCUUUACAAGGUGUCCCUCACUGAUGAGUUUGGCAGUGAAGAGGCCCAGCGCCUCAAGAUGCAGACAGGAGCCAUCCAGGUGCUUCAGGCUUUCCGCCGAGAAGUACGGAAGUUGCCCGAACCUGCCAAGUCCUGCCGACAACGCCGUCUGGAGGCCAAGAAGGCUGCCUCAGAGAAGAAGAAAAGCAAACUCCUGCAGCAGACGGGGGGGACACCAGAGAAAACAUUGGUCAAGGCUGAGGUCUGCAUCACCGGUCCCCCACAACACCAAGGCAAUAAAGCAAUUAUAAAACAAGAGGUGAAGCCCAACAUCAAGAAGGAGCCCUUCAAUGGAUCAAUAGAUGGAUACCCUGUGCAGGCAGCAGACCCAUUCAACAACAUCUAUCCACACCCUGCCUACUAUGCAAGGGGAGGCCUCCCCCCAACUGGCCAGCCCUCUGCAGCAGACCCAGUAAACGGUUACCACCACAAUCUGCCCACGAUGCACUAUGGCUACUACAACUACCCCCCCAAUGCACUUUUCCCCCCUAAGCUGAGGACCUAUGAGGGUCGAAAUGGCAGUAAGGCUGUCCAGGUAGACAAGAAACCUGACAUUCAGAGUCUUCAAAGCAUUCAAGCCAGACUGGCUCAGUCCUAUCCCGGCCACCCAGAGCAAACCAACCAAACAAAUCAUGGCACUUACACCCAGCCUCCCAACUACAACCAGUCCCGUCCUUCCUCUGUCUCCUCUGAGACCUCCAACAGAGGCACUCCAGUCAUCAAACAGGAGCCUAUAGAUGUGCCAGUCUAUGAAGGCACGGUGCCAAGCCAGGCUGGUGCCAACACACCUAGCUCCACCCCCCAGCCUGCUGCGUGGCCAGGGCACAAGCUUAAUGGAAAUAUUAUUCCCACAAGCUGGGACAGCCAUCUAAAUCCUAAACAAAACCCUGAAGCCUCAUCAGUGAACCCAGACAAGCAGCAGUUUCACCAGCAUCCCCAGCAGCGGCAGCCCUCUCCUUACCCCCAACAGUGGACAUCCUACCCUGGCUCAAAUACCCCGAUGGCUUCCCCUGCCCCUUCACCAUCCCUUCAGGUACCUCUCUCUCCAUCUCCCUCUCCUCACCUAGGCACAGCACUCCCAGGUAACAUACACCAAGGCUCCCCACGCCCUCCCACCCCACGCCCAAGCACCCCUCACCCAGGUACACCACAGCCUGGUACCUCUCACUCAGGCUCAGUUACACCACAGCCAGGCACCCCCAGGCACUGGGCCAGCCCUGCUCCUAGCCACCAGAUGAAUGCGUGGGCUAUGGGGCCUGCAGCAUAUAGCCCUGGUUUGAAGCACAGCAAUCCUGCAGGAGCCUAUGCUGACAAGAUCUGGUCCAAAACUGGUGAGAGUCGGUGUUCUACUCCCCUUGGGCUCCAAGAGAAGGCCUGGAGGUCUUGUGGAGGUUCAGUGGCAGGCAGUACCCUGUCCCCUGCCCCUGAGGGCCGCCUCUUCCCAGAUGCCCUGCAGCAGUCAGAUCAGGCCUGCUGGGACCCCAGCCGAGCUGAGAGUGAUGUUGAGAGCACCAGGGGUCGUGAAGAGGAUGAGGAUGAGGUGUGGUCUGACAGCGAGCACAACUUCCUGGAUCCCAACAUUGGUGGUGUAGCAGUAGCACCAGCCCAUGGCUCCAUCCUGAUUGAAUGUGCGCGUCGGGAACUACAUGCCACCACUCCACUCAAAAGGCCUGAUCGUUCCCACCCCACCCGCAUCUCCCUGGUCUUCUACCAGCACAAGAACCUCAACCAGCCCAUGCAUGGCCUGGCUCUGUGGGAGGCCAAAAUGAAGCUACUGGCAGAGCGAGCACUCCAGAGGCAGCAGGAAGCAGCUCUCCUUGGCCUCUCGCAGGAAGACAUCAAGGCCCUCAGCAAGAAACGCAAAUGGGGUGCUACAGUGGCAGGGGCCAGUCCAGGACCUGGACAAUCAAAAGACAAGAGGGAGGGGCCAGUGACGCGGUUAGCCCCCACGUUCCACACCACCUCUAUGGUUACUGUGUCUCCCUAUGCCUUCACCCGCCUCACUGGGCCCUACAGCCACUAUGUCUGAGGUCAGACAGACACAAACAGACCGAUAGCUACGGAGUGGUGCAGUGGAGGGCUGGAGAGAGCGUUGAGCAGGAUGAAUGUCUCUCAGCCGUCCCGCAGUCUGGCAUCUCUCCAUCCUGCCCCCUCCGCAGUCCACUUAGAGGAGGGGACAUUUUUAUUGUUUUUUACCUCAUGUCAGGCAGUGGUUUGGGCUUCAGACACACUGCCUGUGGUGCUCUUCCUCUCUCUUCCCUGGAGAGGAACUCCAUUGCUUUUUCUUGUUUAUAGAAUUUUAAUGAUUCUAAUUAUUGCUAUUAUUAUCAAUAUUAUGAUUGCUAUUGUUACUGUCAAUGUUGUUAUUACAGGUAUUAUUAUAAUGAAGACUUGUUUGUUUUUUAUUAUUGCUGUUUUCAUUAAUGUUAUUAUUAAUGAUGUGAUUGUUUUUGGUUAUAUAUUUUUUUUUUAAAUCAAUUAGUCUGAGUCAGUCAGACUCAGACAUUUCCUUUUUCCAUGUUUGGAAAACGUGUACCCUAUUUUUCUUUGUUUUUUGUCAAUCUUCCAGCUGUAGAGGAGGAGUCAUUAUCAGCCUGGCAAGACAGCAAAUCAAUACUAAUUAUCUAUAUAAAAAGGCCUUUCAUGUAGGCUUGCCUUAGAUAUUUAUCUCUAUAUUAAUAAUAUACAGAUAUGUAUCUUUUAUCUCUAAAAGAACAGUUUAGGCCACCAUAAAGGACAAUUCAAUUAUUACCAACCUGGGCGUUAAUUUCCUAGUUUUGGUCAUCAUGAAGAUUGUGUUUAAAUUGUCAUUGCUUUAAGGCUGACAUUGCUUCAGUUUUCUAGCAGCACUGCUGUCUAAUACACAAAUGACAGUCUGCUGGAACAUCCAUUUCUAUAUAUUCUACCAACAAGGACCCACUGAAGUCAGUUGUCAAAGCAGUAUAGUGAUAUAAAAUCAUCCCUUGAAUUUUGCACUGUAACAAUCAGUAAUAUUUUUUUGAUGUGGCUACUCUUCCAAGUUGAGCUUAAAAAAAUCUCCCAGAAGCGCACUGCUUGGUUUCAGCUGUUGUGUGUUUGCUUUGUGGCUGUGUACGAUACAACAGAGUGCCAGGAGAACUGAAACAGGUCAUCUCUAAUAUUUGAACAAAAACACCAUAAUGCUAAAAGUAGGAAAAUAAUGCUCAGGUUCAAAAUAAUUGCAGUUGCCUUUUAAGCCACUUUGGAAGCAAACUUUGCUGCUUCUCUUGGCAUUAGCUGAUGUGCUCCUCCUCCUCUUCUACACCCCUCCAGCUUUUGACUGGUGUUCAACUUCCAGCUCUGAUUGAUUUUCAUUCCACCACUCUUCAUGGCACUCAAUGCUGUACUUAGGUGCUCUAACUCAAAUCUAGCUCAUGUAGUAUUUGCAAGUAAAUAUUUCUUGUUUGACCUAGGUGGAGUAGCAGAAUGAAUUGAUUUAUUGCAUUCAGAUUAGCCACAAAGGUGCCGGAAAUUUGCCAUGCAAAGAAUUAUUGCUUUUCUUUGUUCAUUGUGUUUUCCAAUGUGGCAAACUGUAUGUUUCUAGUACUCCACAGAGGCUAAAACAAGUGAUCAAUACUGCUUGCAAAUGCACUUUGACCCAGAUCUGCUAUUACCACAUAGAGAUGGAACAGGUGGCACUCGAUAUCUUCCUACAACAGUCAAGUAGGGGUGAGCACUUCUCAGUGUAAACUCUAGAGGGCAGCAGUGUCUGCCAUUUCAUAGUUGUGUGUACAAACAAACCUACAAACAAUUAUUGAAGAUCCAUUUAGAAGACAGUAAAGCCCUGUCUUGCUGCUUUAGCCAGCCAUGGCCAGUAGAGGGGGAUCUUACACCCUGUUUGCUGACCAUAGAUGGGCCUCACCAAAGCAACUUAAGGCAAAGUUGACGUUUGUCCCAUUGAGGCACAAAUGUGAACUAAGUCUGGAGUUGCCUUUGGGAAGCCCAUCCCAGGUUAGAGCAGAAGAAGCAGUGUUGGGACAACAGUGCUUUUGAUGAUCCUACACACACUCUGGUGCUCUCCUAUUACACUUGAUUUACUGUGAAGGGCCCACUCCUCCCUCUGCAUGGUGCUGUCAUCUUCAAGCAGAACGAGGUGUGUCCUUCUGCAGACACCUUGUCACAUCAGAGCCAGCCAACUCAAGAACUGGUUCCUACUGAGGUGCUUUUGCAGUUAUUGUUGCAAAGUGGUUUUGUCUCAAACAAAGUACACUGUAAAGGGCAGAGAAAGCACAGUCAUUCAACGUAUUGUUGGUAACCCAUUAGCUGUGGUUUUUACAGACAAUAUAUUGUAUUGAGAGAUAAAGGGAGAUCUUGGAAAAUUACUGUAGCUUCUGGGAGUUGGCGUCAAACGCAAAGGCAUUGAAUCAAUGAAUCUCUCACUUUGUGUGUGUGUGUGUGUGUGUAUGUGUGUGUGUGUGUGUGUGUGUCUGAAAAUGACACAACUGCAUGUGUGUGUGAAAGAAAAGAGCCAAAGAGAGAGACUAUUUGAUAGCCUGGAUGGAGUCCCUUAAAUUACUAAUUUUAGUUCCUCUCCACCAACCAUGUGGCUAUUUGAUUAAUACAAUUCAAAUGGUGAUGUGAUUUUGUUGCAAAAUGUGGUGAAAGUGAAAAUGAAUGAGUCAUUUGAGUGGAUGCAGGCUGACUCCUGGCUGCUGGGUGGUUGUUUGGGUCAAGGCCCUGGUCAUCUGUGAAAGACCCUGUUAACCUCUCCCAAGGGUCUCCAGCUCUCUACCUCACGCUGUAGAGACACUGGUCACAAUCACAACUUGCUACUGAGGGCAGAGAAUCAUGCAUAUGUCCCUUUGUGUGCUCUAGAUCUCCACAUUCAUUUUAACCUGCUUUUUUUACUCUUAUUUAUUACUACAUGGUGAUGAUGAUAAUGAUUGUCUUUGAUGGGUUAUUUUCAUCUUUUUUUAUAUAGCUAAUACAAAUUGUACAUAGAGAAGAAAAGAUUUAUAAAAGCACUUUUAAUCUUGAUUUUAAUGACAAAAAGAAAGAGCCGAUUAUUGACGACUUGAAGCUUAGUUUUUUUUUUUGUUUUGUUUUGUUUUUUAAUUUUCUCAAGAGAGAGAUGAAAAUGUAAAUAUUAAAAUAUUUAGGUAAGAUUAUUUAACUGGUGAGGAUAGUAACUAAACCAUGAAUGACUAGGGGGUAUUUUGAAGUCUUUGACAGCCCUUAACAACAGUAAACAACACUUGGUCGCAAUGUGUUGUGUGUACAUGUGUGCUUAGUGACACUGCUGUUUUGCUUUCGUAAGUACUGUACCCCCUGUCAGUAACUGACAGAAAUCUGUCACUUUCUAAAAACAAAUUGAUUAGCCCAAUUAUAUGACAUGAAACCACACUUUUCUCACUCACUUAAGACAGUCCACAUAACUAGGGAAGCCCCCAUUUUAUCUGUAAAAAGUAGGAAUUUUCACAAAGUGAAAUUUUAAUUGAAGGCUGAAAAAUACUAAAAUUGUAACGAUGUGGUACUCAGCAUCAGUGGUCUACUGCCUGUACGCUAAGGAAAUAUCUGAAACAGUAGCCAUUAAUUGGAUGUGCUCUAUGUCAAUUAAAGGAAUAGUUUGACAUUUUGGGAAAUAUGCUUAUUUGCUUUCUUGUUAUAUGAGAAGAUUGAUACCGUUCUCAUGUUUACAUUAAAUAUGAAGCUAAAGUCAGCAGCCAGCUAGCUUUGCUUAGCAUGAAGACUGGAAAGGGGGGAGAAGCUAGCCUAGCUCUGUCUAAAGGUGACAAAAUCCACCUAUUAGCGCCUCUAAAGCUCACAUAUUAACAUAUCAUAUCACCUUUGUUAAACAUUUACAAAAAGCAAAAACAUGAAUUGUCGAUUUUAGACUUUUGUUUUUGUACAGAUUAAACAAACAAGAUAUAAUGUGUUAAUUAGUGAGGUUUAGAGGUGCUAGUUAGUCAAGUUUGUUACCUCUUGAACACAGCCAGGCUAGCUGUGUCUUUAUGCUAAGCUAAGCUAACCAGCGCUGGCUGCAGCUUCAUAUUACUGUACAGACAUGAAAGUGGUAUCAGCCUGGGCAAGAAAGUAAAUAAGCAUAUUUCCUAAAAUGCAUUCCUUGAACAGGACUUAUGAGUAGCCAAUGAUAGUUAAACCAUGAUCAUGUGCAUAACCCCGUCCAAAAGGGGGAUGUUAAGGAACAUACUGGUAGUUGCAGGACCAGUCUGAAGUGAAUCAGUGGGAGACGUUUAGUGAGUAUUAGCCCAGCAAUCUUUGUCAGUUGUGUUAGACUAUCAGGUAAGAGACUGCCUCCCUGCUUGUUUCAAUGUAUCUCUCAUUAUUAUCUACUCUAGUUCUCAUAAUAGUAAGUAUGCACUUGGCAGAAAAAUUAUGACACACCUGUGAAAGACACCAGGUGUUUCAUUUUGUAAUGAUUUCUUUAUCUAACACACACAUCAUGGCCAACGGUAGAUUGGCUGGGACUGGUACAGUACGCCAUAACAGGGCCAUCUCUUAGGUUUUUGGACACUAUCACAUGUCCAGUUGAGCCCAUUUUACUUUUUAACCAUAAUGCAUGGCCCACAUUACACACAUACACACACACACAAACAUACACACACACACACACACACACACACUUGCCUAAGAAUGGGUGCUGAGUAUACAGUGAUAUCUUAUUAACUUUGUAAAUUUCUAAAUGUGUCACGAGUUUGGUGGAUGGUUCUCAUGAGAAGCGUCACCUCCCAAGCACGUACCGAGAUGGGGGGGUCGGUCUGCUGGUGCUAUGAUGCUACACCUUAAAUUCACUGUGUAAAAAAUAUGAGGGAUAAAUGAUUAAGACAAAUAUUUUUCUGAGCUCUUAGAAUGUCAAGAGAACUAUACUUUUGAUUAAAGCAGUUUCACAGGAUUAGAAGCUGCCGUGGUGCUGACUUUAUGAAAAGUCUUUUGUUACAACGCUACAAAUUUACAUCUCUUUUUGAGGGCAGGGGGGCACUCAAACAGUUGAUUACCUUCUCUAUUAAUAUUCAUUCCACAUUGUACUUGAACUCAUUUAAACUAGGAUGAGAUAUAGAGUCAUAUUAUAUGAAGACUGUUAUCUGGGUCUCAUGGUUGGUACAGUGCAAGUACCAACGGCUAUUGAAAUUAUCUUUUGAGUAUGUUGUACCUGUUCAUGUUAUGCGAAGAUAUUUGAACAAUACAAGAAUAGCAAUUGUGUAUUGCCUCCCUCUUCCUCCCCUUAGUCAUGCACUUCCUUUUCUCAAUCCCUCUAUUUCUCUUAACUCAUAUAUAUUUUGUCUCUCAUGCACACACACACACAAACAUAGACAUAACAUAUGCAUCUCACUGUGUAUGGCCCACUUUUAGAAGUCUAUUAAACACCUAAUUUAAUGAACACUCUAAAUUUGGGAUAGAGACUUGGACCCUGGUCCAUACAAAAAAAAGAAAAUCUACCUACACAACUGGCAGCUACAUUCCUUUUUGAGUUUUAGGAUCGUUCUUGGUUCUUUAUUUUUCAUGUCAAGGAUGCAGUAUGUAAAAAAAAGUGUUUUUGUUCAGUCUCUCUCUCUUUGUAGCUGUAUGGUGUAUUAUGUGAAUACAUAGUGUAUGUGGUAAAAAACUCCACAAUAUUGUUUUAUGUUGCGCGAUAAAUAAAAACAUUGAAGUGAAA